GUUUUCAGGUAACCCUGCUUAUUAAGUUAUAAGUAGCCGCUCCAUCUGAGUCCUCCGACGAAGAGGUUUCGGGAUUUCGAAGGAGUGGUAGAGAGAUACUUCAAGAAUGCAGUGGAACUAGAUGCAUAUUAAGGGAGGUCCAGUUAUGGAACAUAUGCCAGGAAGGUUCUUACAGCAGGGGCAAAAUCAACCUACUCUGGUGAUGACGGGCCCUUCCCGACUGGUUGGAAACACUUAUCAUUUCCAUGGAAAUAGUCGAACAAUUUCUCAGAGUGGAUGGCGUAGGGAUCUGGAUAUUACUGUGAUGCGUAAAGCCAUGUUCAAUAAAAUCUAUGGCUAUUUUCAACGGCAACCAAAAUUUUCCAUUUGGAAGCACAAAGUGCCGACUAUUGUAAUGAAAAUUGAAGAACGACUAUUCGUAAAUGCUUCUACAAAGGAGGAGUAUAUGGACCAAAAUACUUUAGAGCAUCGGUUCCAUAUUAUCAUUAAGUCUGUACGCUCCAAGCGCAUCCAAGCAGGUCGCAAUUGCAGCCUGCAAGGAGACAACAAUCCCAUUUUUCAUUCCUCCAUUAGUGCAACUCCACAAGCUUCAGGAUGCCUGGGACAACAACAACCUUCCAAUACGUUUCUUGGAUAUAAUGGUAACAACUUGCUUUCACCUACCAGACUGAAUACUACUUCAGGACAGUACAUUGGAGGUCUAGACAGUGCUGUGUCCUAUAAUAUUAGCCAACAGAUGGUUAUUGGGAUAGCUUCCAGCAUAAAUCAGUGGCCUCUCUCUUUUGGCUCUCUGAUUGGAGCUCCAGAUGUCAUGCCGACAUUUAUGGAGAACGAGAUGCCAUUGGUUGACGGGCUAGCAACAACAUCUGAAGGCUAUCUCAAUUCUUCAAUUUAUGAUAAUGAUCAAUUGAAUUCAACUCCAUUUCCACGUGACCAAAGUAUGCAAAUAUCUCCAACAACUGGAAUACAGUAUCAUAAUGAGGUUUUCCAAAUGCAAAACCCUAAAGAUCAUCAGCUUUCCGAGCUUCAAUAUCAAGAACCAAAGAAUGUCAUGAUUGAAGGCUAUUCGAGAUCUUUCUCUAUGGAAUCACAAACUCCACUUACAUGCGCUUCAGAUCAGUGGGAGCAAGAGUGGCAUUCAGACCAAUUGACCACCCAGUCUUCUAACAACAUCUCCAAAGGUUCACAGACCGAUGCAGUGGUAAAACAAGGGCAGUGCUAUGCUCCAAUGGAGCAAGAAGUUCACAUGUCAGAGCAAGGACCAGUGCCAGAGCAAGUGUGGCAUUCAGACCAAUGGACCACUCAGUCUUCUAACAACAUCUCCAAUGGUUCACAGACCGAUGCAGUGGUAAAGCAAGGGCGGUGCUAUGCUCCAAUGGAGCAAGAAAUUCAGAUGUCAGAGCGAGGCCCAGUACCAGAGCAAGCGCGGCAUUCAGACCAAUGGACCACUCAGUCUUCUAACAACAUCUCCAAUGGUUCACAGACCGAUGCAGUGGUAAAGCAAGGGCAAUGCUAUGCUCUAAUGGAGCAAGAAGUUCACAUGUCAGAGCAAGGCCCAAUACCAGAGCAAGUGCGACAUUUAGACCAAUGGACCAUUCAGUCUUCUAAGAACAUCUCCAAUGGUUCACAGACCGAUGCAGUGGUAAAGCAAGGGCAGUGCUAUGCUCCAAUGGAGCAAGAAGUUCACAUGUCAGAGCAAGGUCCAGUACCAGAGCAAGUGCGACAUUUAGACCAAUGGACCACUCAGUCUUCUAACAACAUCUCCAGUGGUUCACAGACCAAUGCAGUGGUAAAGCAAGGGCAGUGCUAUGCUCCAAUGGAGCCCGAAGUUCACAUGUCAGAGCAAGGCCCAGUAUCACAUGUUCGAAAAGCAACUCAUCAAAAAGUAACCCAACGAGAUGAAGUGCGACAACCUCAGUCUCCUCAUUUGAACAGACCUGUCUGUGGUUUUGGAGGAAAUAUGUUAAGCACACCAAAGAUAAUGGGUGUGUCCUUAACCGAGAUGUUCACUUCAGAACAAGUUAAGGAGCAUAUCCAAAAUCUUAGGCAGUGUGUUGGUCAGGGUAAAUUAGAGGCGGAAAAUACUCAAGUAAUGGGAGAGUCAGCGAAUAAGAACUCUUGCAAGUUGUGUGGAGUGGAGAAGCAUUUUCUUGAGCCACCUCCUAUAUAUUGCUCACUAUCCAAUGACCGUAUCAAGCGCAAUGGAAUAUUUUAUACUGCGGAUAAUGGUGAGAAAGAGCACUAUUUUUGUAAUAAAUGCUAUAGUAACCACAGCAAGAGUUUCAUUGUUGAAGGAGUUGCUAUUCCUAAGACGGUUCUAAAGAAGCAAAGGAACACAGUGGAAAUCGAAGAAGCAUGGGUGCAAUGCGAUAAAUGUGAAACUUGGCAACAUCAAAUAUGUGCCCUUUUCAAUCCACAGAGGAAUUGGGGAGGGAAAGCUAAAUACACCUGCCCAUUUUGCUACAUACAGGAGAUAGAAAGCAGAGAGCGAAAGCCCUUACCAGUGACCGCUUUCCUUGGUGCAAAAGAUUUGCCUAGAACUGCUCUUAGUGAUCACAUUGAGCAACGACUGUUCAGGAAUCUCAAGCAAGAGAGACAGCAAAGGGCAAAGUUUUUGGGAAAAAAGUUCGACGAGGUACAAGGCGCCGAAGGUCUUGUUGUCAGAGUGGUCUCAUCCAUCGACAAGAAAUUGGAAGUGAAACCACGAUUUUUGGACAUCUUUAAAAACAACAACUACCCAUCAGAAUUCCCAUACAGAUCAAAGGUCAUUAUGUUGUUUCAGAAGAUUGAAGGGGUGGAUGUAUGCCUGUUCAGCAUGCAUGUACAGGAAUUUGGAUUGGAGUGUCCAUUCCCAAAUAAGUGGCAUGUUUAUCUUUCAUAUCUUGAUUCUGUCAAAUACUUCAGGCCCGAGAUAAAAGCUGUGACUGGAGAGGCUCUGCGCACCUUUGUUUAUCAUGAAAUAUUGAUUGGAUAUCUUGAUUAUUGCAAGAGACGAGGUUUUGUUAGCUGUCACAUAUGGUCCAGCCCACCUUUGAAAGGAGAUGAUUAUAUACUAAAUUGUCAUCCUGAGACACAGAAGUUACCAAAAUCUGAUAGGCUGAGAGAGUGGUACCGAUCCAUGCUACAUAAAGCUCUCAAGGAGAAUAUUGUGGUGGAGCGCACUGAUUUAUAUGAUCGUUUCUUUGUGCCUGUUGACGAGUGCAAGGUCAAAGUAAGUGUGACUCAUUUGCCAUAUUUUGAUGGUGACUACUUGCCGGAUGUUAUCGAAGACAGUAUAAAUGUUCUCCAACAAGAAGAAGAUGAACGAAAAGUGCAUAAGAGGGGAAGAAAGCCAAUAAGCAGAAGGGCUCUGAGAGCUGCUGGUUAUGCUAGCCUUUCUGGUGACACCUCAAAGGAUAUUCUUCUAAUGCAGAAGCUUGGUGAAACUAUCUACCCCGUGAAGGAAGAGUUCAUCAUUGCCAACUUGCAAUAUUCUUGCUCUCAAUGCUCGCAAUUUAUAGUAGAAGAAAAGCGAUGGGUUUGCAGCCAAUGCCGAAAUUUUCAACUUUGCCAGAUGUGUCACGAUGUAGAGCAAAGACUUCAUGAGAGUGAAAAACACCCUAUAAAAAAUAAGGAAAAGCAUUUACUUCAUCUGGUUGAGGUGAAUGGUGUACCUUCAGAUAACAAGGGUAAAGAAGAGACUAUUGGCUGUUACAUUUCCCAAACUAGGGAUAUGUUCCUGAACUUCUGUCGAGUGAACCAUCUUCAGUACGAUACUCUUCGUCGGGCUAAGCAUUCUUCAAUGAUCCUCCUCUAUCAUCUGCAUAACCCAAACGAGCCCAUUUUUCAUGGGCUAGUGCGCAGUCUGUCACAAUAAAAUCAAAAUGGGUCAGUGUUGGCGUUGCGAGAUUUGCCCUGAGUAUGAUGUAUGCGAUGCUUGUCAUCAAAGGGAAGGUGGCGUUGAUCAUAUUCAUGAAAUGAAACGUCAUCUUUCGAUGGAUGACCUGCCGUGUACAGAAAGCCUAGAAGAAGCCUAUUGCUUAGAAGUCAAAAGAAAAAAUCACCAAUAACUGAUUAAAGGUUGCUUGUCAUACAACCCAUCUGACGUGCCAACUUGACAGUCAACUUACCAGACAAGCCCCACGAGUACACUGAAUCGGAACAUUCACAGAAUGGGAAAAAUGUGAUCUUCUGGAGAUGCUCCUCCUCGAUGUAGUACUGCCAAUUUCCAUUAUACAAGUUGCUGUAUAGCUGAAGAAUUUCUCGGCUGUGGCCAUACUAGCAAGACCAGUAUGUUCAUGGAGGUUGUGUUUGCUGCAAGGAAGUAGAAGAGUCCAAUUGCCUUGUACUGUGUUGCAUGUGACCCACCCAUCUUUAAGCUUUGAAUUUUUAUUUAUUUAUUUAUUUUUGCAGCUCUACUAAUCAGUGGGACAGAAUAACAGGUCCCAUCAAAAUUUUCCAGUGGCAAUAAGAGAUUGGUAUCGCAGUCCAAUCAUCGGCAGAGGUCUGCACCAAUGAAGAGAAGGCGAAACAGUAGAGGUUGAAGAAAACAGUAACUUACCCAAUUGUACAGUUGGAUGGGUAUCAAACAAUUGUACAGACAGAAGAACUAGAUGUGUGGUGGAACCGUGGAAGGUGGCAGUUUUUUUUUUUUUGGUUACCGGUGGUGGUAAACACAGUUGCCAAUUUAGGCAUAGGAAUUUUUGAAGAGAGCAUAUUUUCAAGAAACAAGUGCUAUAUUAAAUGUGUUCUCAUACAUUUUUGGCAGUUUCUUAUUUUUAUCAUAGAGGGAGUGGGAAAAAGAAAAAUGUAAAUUGUACAUGAAAAGAAAAUGAGUUUUUUCCUCCUUGUUAAAUGAGAUAUUCUUUCAGACUCACCAUUUUCCAACACAAAAUUCACUUUCCUGUGGGCUGAGUGUGGUGCAAUAUUGAAUUUAAUUUCAAUAAUCAGUUCAAUAGAGAUGGAACAAGCCAAAUUCUAAUUACCUUAGGCGUUGUUUGGCAAAAGCCUAAAAAUGAGUUCAUCUUGUUUUUUAAAAAAGUAAUUAUGUAUUACAGAUCAAGAUCUCUAAUACAUAGUGUUAACUAAAAUGAGAUUAACUCAUUUUUAGGCAUCUACGAAACAGGGCCUUAGUAUUUCCUAUGAGGAAGUAACCUGAUUUCAGUUAAGAAUAUGGUCACUUCCAAUUCACUGAACUAAUUUGCAAUUUGGUCACUUCCAAUUCACUGAACUAAUUUUAUUGCAAUGGAAUUCAGUUGUACGUCCAAAUGCAACCUUAGCUUGUGAGUAUAAUUCCUCAGUCUUCAUAUGCAAACUGAGAACUACAAUGGACGAGUUGAUCAUGCAAAUGUGACCUUGGUGCACGCAUAGAAGCUAUAUCUUUGCUUGUCAUGGAAAGUGGUGACCAGGUAUCGUCCUCCACCCAAAGCUUUUACCACAAUUUACCAGUCUCAACCUUUAUUCUUUGACUUGUAUCUAACAUUCUCUAGCUUUGAUCAUGCUAUGUAACUGUCUUAACAUAUCAAUCUUCAAGAUAAAGCUCCCGGGUUGGGUCAGUUUCCCAAUAGCUUUUCUUCCAAGUAUUUUGGAAAUAAGUUAAAGGGAUCUCUUGGCUUUUAUGGUGGAAUUCCAUGGAGUCCCAUGUGGGUGUGUCCUUCAUUGGUAUUGAUUCCAAGCUAGGCAGUGCAGCAAAGCCAAAGAUUCCAUACCCAUUAGCUUGAUUUGAAGACCAUACAAGAUCCAAGCUAAGGUGAGGCUUCUGGUUUUUGUCAAGUUCCAGAUCACAUCAUCUCUCUAUCCCAAUGGGCAUUUAUAAAAAUCAGACCAACCCUUGAUGACCAUGGAUCAAAAUAUUGUCUGAUAUGACUCGAUUUCACCUAAGUUGUACUGAUUUCAUUAGAGAACAGGACGUGUCACCAGACCAAAAUGGGGACUGAAACAGAAUGAAAUGGGGCAAGUCUUAAAGUUAUGGUCUCUAGGCGAGUUGCACUCCGGAAGCGCUAUUUGAAAGCAUGUUGAUGAGGCCCACAUGGCUCAUGAAUGCAUCAACUGAAGAUCCAAACAUGGAAGCGUUGAUUUAUGGUUUGAGUUAGAGCAAUUAAAGUUUUAAAUUUCUCACAUGCAGUUGCAGGGUGUAUGAUCCUUUUCUGUGAUGGAACUUUGAAUCUCAUAUAUAUUCUUAAGAUGCUUGGUGGCAGUUUUGGGCAGAAGGUAAACCUUUCUGAAAGGCAAGCUUUUUUCGGUGAGGCUUGAAGUUAGUCUGGGUGUAUUAGUUGGCCAGAAUUUUGUGGUGCAAAGGAGGGCCACUUCCCUCGACAUGCCUUAUAAUCCAUUGCUGGAAGGAAUCAAGAGGUGAUUAUCAGCAUCAAAGGGGAUAUAUCUAUCAUUUGGGUCGUAUUCCACUUGUCAAGAUGGUGCUUUCGCCUAUGUAGAUAUGUUUUAUGUCUUUGUUCCAAUUUCCCCUGAUCAUCAGUCAUUCAAUUCAUGCACCUAUAAAAUAUGAAAAUACCAAAACUAUUGGUUGGAGUAGAAUGUAAAAUAAUACUUAGUGCUGACAGGUCUGGACCAAUCAUUAGUUUGGGUCUAUUGGGUAACUUGUUUUGAAAAUCAAGCUAGACAGGUCAUCAAGUGGGUAGAACAUGCAAGAGAAAAAUGGAGGGUGUGAUGGCUGCCCUAAAACCUAGGGCACCAGCCCAGGCUAAGCAGUUGUCAGUGCAGAUCUUGCCAGUAGUAGCAAAUAUUUAGUAAAAAAGAAGUAAAAAUUAUUCAAAGUGAAAAGAAAAGAAAGGAAAGAAAAGUGGAUUUGUAUGUGCUUGCAUGACCUGCAAGUUUGAGCAUGAAUCCAUGCACAAAUUAAUGUGGUAGUUCUCAUGUCUUAUAUUUAUAUGGUUGUUUAGCCCAAUCUAAACCA